AAAUCAUAGCGCUGUAGUCACCUUUAGCUUCACAACCUGUAGCAUAGACGAGGUGUGUCUCUAGUGCAAUGUAAUUAACAGUGUAAUUGAGAAAGUUUCGCGUAGAAAUCGAUAAGUUCGGGUUGAACGUCGAACCUUACGCGCAGGUUUGCCUGUCGUGUGUUAUUUCUUUCACCGAAUAUCUUCGGCGUCAAGAUGUCUACAUCCGUCACAGCCAAACUUCAAGAUGACAUGAACAGUAUACCGUUGGCAGACGACGAUCCUCAAGUAAUUAUUCCUGAGGAAGAAAUUCUGGAUAACAGCUGCCAUUUAUCUGAUGCAUUGGGCAGGGGACGCAGCAUGGAUUCUAUUCCCUCAACAUUCACAAAUGGCAGCUGUAGUCCCAAUAGCUUAGAUCCUGAUAUCAGUCCCGAUGAACAAGAAGAGAAAGCUAGACUGAUUGCCCAAGUACUUGAACUUCAGAAUACUUUAGACGACUUGUCACAGAGAGUGGACAGUGUAAAGGAAGAGAAUCUAAAAUUGAGAAGUGAGAAUCAAGUACUCAAUCAAUAUAUCGAAAACUUAAUGUCUGCAUCCAGUGUUUUUCAAUCCACCAGCCCUAACACCAAAAAAAAGUGAAUCUAUGUCUUAAAUUAGAGAAAAAUUCUGAAAAACAGGGAUUUUAAAAUAAUGUGAUCUUUAGCUCUUCAUAAAAAGUAUGUAUAUGUUUUCCCUUUAUAACACCCUAAUUUAAAAGGAAAAGUAUAGAAAAGAAAUUUAAUGUAGAUAUAAGAGUAUCCAAUAUAUUAUUUAAUGAAUUGUGCUUAUUCUGGCAAUUUAUUUCUUGUUAGUGUGUACAUACUUUUUAUGAAGAUGACAUAUAUAAAUGAAAAUUUCCUUGUUUCUUCUCAUGAUUCCUAUUUGAAUCAUAUUCACUUAAAAAUUUGUGGGUUAAACUGUAUAUUUACUUUCUCCUUCUGUCGCUUUAUAUGCUUUUUGCUUGAGAAGCAAUGCACUUGUAAUUACUAUAUUGCCAAAGAAUUCCAAUUUCCAUUUAUAUAUUACAGUUUUAUUUAUUCACUCAUAGUGGAAGGGUAAGAAUCUCGUUUAUUAUGGACAAAGUUCAUGAGGAUCUAUAAAAGGAAGAAAAAGAAUUGAUAUUUUCAAAACAAAGUUUAUAAAUGCUCGAUUAAUUGAGUUGUGUAUUUAGAUUAUUUGUUUUGAGUGUUUAAUUUUAAUCCUUGGACUAUGUCUUAAAAGUUUUGUUUAAUUAAUUAGUCUAUUUGUGUAGCAUGUUAAAUAAGAAAUAGGUUUAAAAAGAAAGUCGCAUAUGUCUUUAAGGAAAAAUUGGUCUAUGUGACGCCAAUAAUAUCCUCUUUCCAAGGGUUAACAGUUUUCCGCGCAGAAGAUACACUCCCGAUGGAAUAAAUACAGUGACUUCUUUGUUCUACUUUUAUAUGAUCACUGUUUAUGUUUUUUCACGUACUUACGCAUUAUCACAAACAUUACUAUUUUAUGAACAAGGUAUGAAGGUUAGAGUCCUGUAGACCCAAUUUACACUUCAAAUUAUUUUUCAUGGUCUAUGAAUAGUCCAUUCUUUGUGAAAUUGUAGGUUGUGGACUUUGUUAUUUGUAUUUUGAAUUAAUUUCAAUCACCUUAUUUGAGACACCUUACAGAAAGUCACUAUAUUUCUUCCCCAAUUUUUUAAAGUAAGGUUGUACUGAGGUAGUAAGCUUAUUUGAAUCAUAAACUGAUGCUUUUUAUAUUCUUGAAUUCUUGGAUCUAAGAUAAUUUCAAACAAUUUAGAAAUUACUACAGUUAGUCUGGAAGAGAAAUUUAUUGGAAAGAUGACUGUUUUGCAUAGCAAUUAAUGAUUACUGAUAUACUUUGGUGAUUACUGAAUUUACAUCCUCUUUUUAUGGACUUUCUAAGUUUUCUACUUCAUUAUGGCAUUAUUUCCAGGAAAAUGAUUUAAUUUUAGCAACGAAAUUAUUAAUCUCAAAAAUUAACAAUAAAACUUACAAACGAAUUUUAUUUUAUUAUUUUUUUUAGAAAUAAAUUUUAUUUACAAUAUUUUAAUUUGCGGUUGUUGAAAUUGAUUGCUGGCAACAUAUUUGAUAUUUACAAAUUAAAAUGCGAGAGUAAUAAAUGUUUGUAGAUUUACUGUAUUUAAUCGAACACCGGCGUUUUUUAAUUGAAGCUUUCGCUUAAGAGUUUCGAUAUACCUGUAUGCAAUGUAUGUAGGUGUACAAAAGAGAUAAGAAAUAGUUAUAUAUAAAUAUAAAUAUAUAUAUAUACAAUUGCAUAUAAAUAUAUUAUAUUACAUAUAAUUAUAAUGUAAUAAAAUACAGAUUAGUGUUCGUACGAAUGCUGCAAGCGAAGUGAAAAAUUCAGAUUGUGAUCAGAUUAGAUCGACACACUUUGCUUGUAGCAUAAUCGAUCGACGACUGAUAUUAUUAAAAAAAGAAAGAAAAAGAAGGAUGUACUGCAAUUUGAAACUGCAAAUUGCGAUGAAGGUUCAGUUGAAGGGCACAAGCAGAAUGCACAAUCCCAAACUAUUCCGUUGUUGAGUAACAGUGUUAUAAUAAACAUUAUAUUCUAUUGGAAGGUAA